UGGUCUUACUAAGAAGUCCGAGGCCAUCUCCAAGUCUGUUAGCAAUUACCAACCCCGGCACAAUAUAGACAGGACACAUCUUCCGGAUCUGAGCGGAACAAGUUGAGAACGACGUCGCUUUGUCUGCGGUGGUUGGCAUUUGCAGCUGUCUGUGAACUCUGAAGUCAUGGCGUCCAGGAUGCUUUGGGCGUCUAGAGCCGCCUGCCAUCUGAGGAUCUCCCUCUUUCGGAGGGGCUUCGCCUCUGUUAUAGAGCACUUCAAGUAUGCCGAUUCUCAUGAGUGGGCUGAUGUUGAUGGUACUUAUGCUAAAAUAGGGAUAACAGAUCAUGCACAGGACCACUUAGGUGACGUUGUUUACGUUGAGCUGCCAGAAGUUGGUGCUACUGUGACAAAGGGAAAGAAUUUUGGUGCUGUUGAGAGUGUCAAGGCAACUAGUGAUGUCUAUGCCCCUGUAUCUGGCGAUAUUGUUGAAGUGAACACCAAAUUAAGUGAUUCUCCUGGUUUGAUUAAUGCCAGCCCCUAUAAAGAUGGAUGGAUAAUAAAAGUCCAGAUAAGCGACUCAACUGAGCUGAAGUCCUUAAUGGACUCUGAACAGUACACAAAUUUCUGUGAAGAAGAAGAUGCAAAACACUGAAGCAGCAAUCAUUUUGACUUUCAUUUUCAAAAUUGUUGCCCAGCAUAGUUUAAAUUU